AUCUGCUUUUAUUCCAGGAAGACUCAUUAUUCCUGAGUACUAGGAACAGCAAAAUGCCACUGCACCAUGCCAGUGAAGGCAAGUGAUUGACUUAUUGACCAACUCUAUAUGUCUCUACAGUACCACUUCCCCAAUCCCAGGAGAAAGGUUCCAAAGAGGCAAAAGUCGAAUGGAAGAUUCUACUGGACCAGUUUUUCCAACUGAAGAUCAAACCCCAGGUGCCAGGUGACCUGUAGCAAGGAGUGGAUGAGGAGGAAAAAACAUGUGGCCCUUCCUGGUGAGAUUUGAAUGUAUCCUGUUCCUCGCUUCAGCCUUUUCAGUGAUAACUCAUCUCAGCCAAGGCCUGUCACACAGGAUUAAUCAAAGUCACCUGAUCCCCUCCUACCUGAAAAACCGCAAGUCAGGUCUAAAAGUUGAGGGCUCAAACUUCACACUAGGAGGCUUUCCGUUCCUGAUCAUAGCAGGCACUAUUCACUAUUUCCGGGUGCCCAAGGAGUAUUGGAGAGACCGUUUGCUGAAGAUGAAGGCAGGUGGCUUCAACACCCUCAUCACGCAUGUUCCCUGGAACCUUCAUGAGCCCAAAAUAGGCGAAUUUCAUUUCACUGGAAACCUGGACGUGAUGGCUUUUAUAACCACAGCUUCAGAGGUGGGACUCUGGGUCAUUCUGUGUCCAGGACCCUACAUUGGUAGUGACUUAGAUCUUGGAGGCUUGCCCAGCUGGUUACUCAAGGAUCCAAAAAUGAAGCUGCGGACAACUUACAAGGGCUUCAUUAAAGCAGUGAAUUUAUAUUUUGAUCAUCUGAUUUCCAGGCUGUUGCCAUUGCAGUAUAACCGGGGAGGCCCCAUCAUUGCUAUGCAAGUUGAGAAUGAAUAUGGUUCAUAUUAUCUGGAUAAAAAGUACAUGCCAUAUGUCAAAAAGGCCCUGGAGAAAAGAAAGGUCGAGGUGCUUCUCAUGACUGCUGAUAGUGGACGAGUGCUGGGAAAAGGCCGCAUAAAAAAUGUGCUGGUCACUCUCCACAUGAAGAAUAUACAUAAAGGAACUUACAAAGAACUUUCUUCAGUUCAGGGUCAUAGUCCUAUAAUGAUGAUGGUAUACACAGUGAACUCUUUUGACUCAUGGGGUGUUGCCCGCCACGUUCCAGAUGGACAUAUGCUACUUAAGGAUGUACGUGAAAUGCUCAAGCUUAGGUUCUCCCUCAGCUUCUACAUGUUCCAUGGUGGCACCAACUUUGGUUUCAUGGGUGGAGCUCAACAUUUGAAUGGUUAUUACCCUGUUGUCACCAGCUAUGGAAGUUAUGCCGUGACUGGGCCCUUUAUUCUUGAUGGCUUUGGGAUAGCAGGGUAUCUAGUGUCUUUGAUUUGGGUUGGGAGGGGGUCCUGGAAUGAUCCAACUUUGUGUUUUCUCAUUGCAGCAGCUCCUAUGCCCCUCCCACUAAAUUACAUACCAAAGAAUGCCUAUAAGUCAGUGACACUAUUAUACUUCAUGACACUGUGGAACMUGCUUCCCUACCUGGACUUGCCAACCAAGUCUGUCAAGCCACUCACCAUGGAACAGCUAUCUGUGAAUGAAGGAAGUGGUCAAUCCUAUGGUUACACGCUUUAUGAGACUGCCAUUUCCAGGGAUGGCAUCCUCACCUCAAAGGGCCAUGUUCAAGAUCGGGGUCAGGUGUUUUUGGAUGACAAGCACGUGGGAAUCCUGGAUCAUUCCAAAGAUGAGCUUACUAUUCAGAUACAUGACCACCAGGAAUACCACACUCUAAGGAUCUUGGUGGAGAAUCAAGGCCGACUCUCCUCUGGGAAGAGCAUGAACCAGGAGAGAAAAGGUUUAACUGGGGAUAUUUAUCUGAACAAUUCUCCAUUAAGAAAAUUUACAAUAUACAGCCUGGAAAUGAAAAGUGUAUUCAUAAAAAGGAAACUCCCCAAAAUCUGGAAGCCAAUCACAGAGAAAGUUAAGGGCCCUGCCUUCUUCCUUGGUUACCUGAAAAUCAGUGGUGAUCCCAAAGACACCUUUAUACAACUGGAGGGCUGGAAUAAAGGAGUAGUAUUCAUCAAUGGACAAAACCUAGGACGCUACUGGAGUAUAGGACCCCAGGAAACUCUCUACCUUCCAGGACCCUGGCUCCAUACUGGAACAAAUGAGAUUAUCUUGUUUGAGGAAUUGGAAAGUGGCAUAGAGGUUGGGUUUAAAAUGGAAUCUCAUUUAGGGUAUUGAGUCAUAAGUGGUGUGUAGUAAAUGGACUGAGCUGUCAUGUGAGCAGUGGGGCUGUGAGUAACCCAUCAAUCCUGGCACUUUGGUCACCACACCCACCCUGGCUUCUUGAUUCAGCUCCAGCUGCCUGGAGUCCACCAUCCACUUCCUGAUCUUCCAGCAUACCACACUUCUGGCUUAAGUUAUCCCACCUGUUUCUCAUGUUUACUACAAAAUAAGUCUACCCAGUGCCACCUUAAAAGCUAU